AUGGGGCUGCCACUAGCCCGCCUAGUGGCCCUCUGCCUGGCCCUGACCUUGGCCAGGGGCGAGGAGCUGCGGAAAGAGGGCAGAACGCGCAACCAUGGCCACAACGUCUGCAGCACCUGGGGCGACUUCCACUACAAGACCUUCGAUGGCGACGUCUUCCGCUUUCCCGGCCUCUGCGACUACAACUUCGCCUCGGACUGCCGUGACACCUACAAGGAGUUUGCUGUGCACCUGAAGCGGGUCCCGGGCCACGAGGGGGGCAGCCCCCAGGUCAAGUACAUACUGCUGACCGUCAAGGACGACACGGUCUACCUCACCCCCAAGCUGGCUGUGCUGAACGGGGCCAUGGUCAGCACCCCACACUACAGCCCUGGGCUGCUCAUCGAGAGGAAUGACGCCUACAUCAAGGUCUUCUCCCGUGCUGGCCUCACCCUCAUGUGGGACCGGGAGGACUCGCUCAUGCUGGAGCUGGACAGUAAAUUCCAGAACCACACGUGUGGGCUCUGUGGGGACUACAACGGCCUGCAGAGCUACUCCGAGUUCCUGUCUGAUGGCCUGCUCUUCAGUGCUGUCCAGUUUGGGAAUAUGCAGAAGAUCAACAAGCCCGACGUGGUGUGCGAUGACCCCGAGGAGGGGCGGACCCCUGAGUCCUGCUCUGAGCACCGCGCUGAGUGUGAGAAGCUGCUGACAGCCGCGGCCUUCAAGGACUGCCUGGGCCUGGUGCCGCUGGAGCCGUACGUGCAGGCCUGUGCGCAGGACCGCUGCCAGUGCCCCUCGGGCGCCUCCUGUGUCUGCAGCACCCUGGCCGAGUUCUCCCGCCAGUGCUCGCAUGCCGGCGGGCGCCCCGGGAACUGGAGGACUGGCACUCUCUGUCCCAAGAGCUGCCCCGGGAACAUGGUUUACCUGGAGAGUGGCUCGCCCUGCAUGGACACCUGCUCACACCUGGAGGUCAGCAGCCUGUGUGAGGAGCACCGCAUGGACGGCUGUUUCUGCCCUGAAGGCACCGUGUACGAUGACAUUGCGGGCAGCGGCUGCAUCCCCGUGAGCCAGUGCCACUGCAAGCUGCAGGGACAUAAGUACGCGCCCGGCCAGCAGAUCACCAAGGACUGCGAGCAGUGCGUGUGCAAUGCCGGCCGCUGGGUGUGCAAAGACCGGCCGUGCCCCGGGUCCUGUGCGCUGGAGGGCGGCUCCCACAUCACCACCUUUGACGGGAAGAGGUACACCUUCCACGGGGACUGCUACUACGUGCUGACCAAGAGCGACCACAAUGACUCCUACGCCCUCCUGGGCGAGCUGGCCGUCUGCGGCUCCACGGACAAGCAGACCUGCCUGAAGACGGUGGUGCUGCUGGCCGACAAGAAGCAGAACGUGGUGGUCUUCAAGUCGGAUGGCACUGUGCUCCUGAACGAGCUGCAGGUGAACCUGCCCCACGUGGCAGCGAGCUUCUCCAUCUUCCAACCGUCCUCACAUCACCUCAUCGUGAACACUGCCUUCGGCCUCAGGCUGCAGGUCCAGCUGGUGCCGGUCAUGCAGCUCUUCCUGACGCUGGACCAGGCCGCCCAGGGCCGCGUGCAGGGCCUCUGUGGGAACUUCAAUGGCCUGGAGGGCGAUGACUUCCAGACGGCUGGCGGGCUGGUGGAGGCCACGGGGGCGAGCUUCGCCAACACCUGGAAGGUCCAGUCGAGCUGCCCCGACAAGCUGGACUGGCUGGACGACCCCUGCUCCCUCAACAUCGAGACCAACUAUGCCGAGCAUUGGUGCUCCCUGCUGAGGAAGACGGAGUCCCCCUUCGGCAGGUGCCACUCGGUUGUGGACCCGGCCGAGUACUACAAGAGGUGCCUGUACGACACGUGCAACUGCCAGAACAAUGAGGACUGUCUGUGCGCCGCCCUGUCCUCCUACGCCCGUGCCUGUGCCGCCAAGGGCGUCAUGCUGUGGGGCUGGCGGGAAAACAUCUGCAACAAGGACGUGGGCUCCUGCCCCAACUCGCAGAUCUUCCUGUACAACCUGACCACCUGCCAGCAGACCUGCCGCUCGCUGUCCGAGGCCGACGCCCACUGCCUCCAGGGCUUCGCGCCCGUGGACGGCUGCGGCUGCCCCGACCGCACCUUCCUGGACGAGAAGGGCCGCUGUGUGCCCCUGGCUAAGUGCUCCUGCUACCACCGAGGCCUCUACCUGGAGGCGGGGGAGGUGGUCCUGAGGCAGGAGGAGCGGUGCGUGUGCCGGAACGGGAGGCUGCACUGCAUUCCAGUCAAGCUGAUUGGCGAGACCUGCAAAGCCCCUAAGAUCCACAUCGACUGCAACAACCAGACCGCGCUGACCAUCCGGAACCCCCAUCCCCUCAGCUGCCAGACGCUGGCUGCAGGCUACUACCAGACAGAGUGUGUGAGCGGCUGCGUGUGUCCCGAAGGGCUGAUCGACGACGGCCGAGGCAGCUGCGUUGUGGAGGAGGACUGCCCCUGUGUGCACAACAAGGGCUUCUUCUCCCGCGGGGACAAGAUCAAGGUGGACUGCAACACCUGUACCUGCCAGAGAGGACGCUGGGCGUGCACCCAGUCUGUGUGCCACGGCACCUGUGUCAUCCACGGGAGCGGCCACUACAUCACCUUUGAUGGGAAGUACUACAACUUCGAUGGACAGUGCUCCUACGUAGCCGUUCAGGACUACUGCGGCCAGAACUCCUCGCUGGGCUCCUUCAGCAUCAUCACUGAGAAUGUCCCGUGUGGCACCACGGGCGUCACCUGCUCCAAGGCCAUCAAGAUCUUCAUCGGGAGGACAGAGCUGAAGCUGGAGGACAAACACCGCGUGGUGAUCCAGCGCGACGUGGGCCACCAUGUGGCCUACACCACGCGGGAGGUGGGCCAGUACCUGGUGGUGGAGGCCAGUGUUGGCAUCAUCGUCAUCUGGGACAAAAGGACCACCAUCUUCAUCAAGCUGGCCCCCUCCUACAAGGGCACUGUGUGCGGCCUGUGUGGGACCUUUGACCAGCGCUCCAACAAUGACUUCACCACUCGGGACCACAUGGUGGUGGAGAGCGAGCUGGAUUUCGGGAACAGCUGGAAGGAGGCCCCCACCUGCCCGGACGUGAGCGCCACCCCCGAGCCGUGCACCCUGAACCCACACCGCCGCUCCUGGGCCGAGAAGCAGUGCAGCAUCAUCAAGAGCCCGGUCUUCAGCGCCUGCCACAGCAAGGUGGACCCCACGCCCUUCUAUGAGGCCUGUGUCUACGACUCGUGCUCCUGCGACUCGGGCGGCGACUGCGAGUGCUUCUGCUCUGCCGUGGCCACCUACGCCCAGGAGUGCACCAAGGAGGGGGCCUGUGUGUUCUGGAGGACGCCAGACCUGUGCCCCAUAUUCUGUGACUACUACAACCCCCCGCAUGAGUGUGAGUGGCACUACGAGCCUUGUGGGAACCACAGCUUCGAGACCUGCAGGACCAUCAAUGGCAUCCACUCCAACAUCUCCAUGUCCUACCUGGAGGGCUGCUACCCCCGGUGCCCUAAGCACAGGCCCAUCUAUGACGAGGACCUGAAGAAGUGCGUCAGAAGAGACCAAUGUGGCUGCUAUAUCGAGGACACCCACUACCUACCUGGAGCGUCUGUUCCCACGGAUGACAUCUGCCAGUCUUGCAUGUGUACCGACUCCUCGCAGGUCAUCUGCCAGCCCGAGGAAGGAAAGAUUCUCAACUACACCCAGGACGGCUGCUUCUGCUACUGGGAGCUAUGUGGCCCCAAUGGGACGGUGGUGCAGCACUUCAACACCUGUGGAUGCCCCCCUACACCCUCAACCUCCUCCACACCCAUCAGCACGACCCCUGUCCCCUCCACCACCGCCACCACCACCACCAUCAUGACAACCACCCCCACCUCCAGCACAGCGCCGUGCUGCUUCUGGUCCGACUGGAUCAACGAGGAUCACCCCGAGACUCACGGCGACAGCGGGGACCGUGAGAGGUUCGACAGCGUCUGCCAGGCCCCUGAGGACAUCGAGUGCAGGGCGGCCACGGAGCCCCAGCUCAGCUUGGAGGAGCUGGGCCAGAAGGUGCAGUGCAAUGUGUCAUUUGGGUUCAUCUGCAAGAACGAAGACCAGUUUGGGGACGGACCAUUUGGAGUCUGCUAUGACUACGAGAUACGUGUCCGCUGUUGCCUGCCCAUGGAGGAGUGUCCUUCGACCCCAACCACGACCCCCAUGACCACUACCAUGAUCACCGCGACCACCACCCCCAGCACAACCACCAUGACCACCACCACAGAGACCACAACACCCACCACGAGCACUACUCCAUUGACCUCCACCGCGAAGCCCACCACCACAACCAGAGAGACUACAACCCUUACUAUGACCACCAUCCCAGGAUCCUCAACUCUGACCCCCACCAUCACCACCACUACCACCACAGAGACCACAACACCCACCACAAGCACCACCUCAGGGGCCUCAACCCCAACCCCCACCAUCACCACUACCACCACCACUGGGACAGAGACCACAACCCCCAUCACGACCAGCACCCCAGGGACUCCAACUCUGACUCCCACCAUCACCACCACCACCACAGGGACCACAACUAGCACCACCACCACCACCUCAGGGCCAACAACCCUGACUGCCAGUACCAGCAUUACUGAGACCCCAAGCCCGACCCCCACCAUCACCACCCACCAUCACCACCCCAGGGACAACAACCCUGUCCCCCAGCACCAGCAUCACUGA